AACCAUAAAGUUGCUUUGAAAAACAACAACUUUUGCAACUUACAAGUAACUUUCUUACGUCGAUAUAUUGUCAAUCAUAAAAUAUUUUGUUAUCUGAGAUUUCCGUAAAUAUUUUCUUUGUAAGCAAGAUGCAAUCUUCAUGAAGCGUAGCUUAUGCAGUAGUUGGUUAACAAGAUAUAAACAUGACGCUACCUCGUGGUUGUAAUGCAAUAAAAUCGAGAAAACUUUGGUGCAGUGAAGAUGUUCCAGUUCGGCUCAGCCUUCGUGAAAGAAUGGCACUCAAAGAAGCGGCUGCUUCAAACAAUUCCGACGUCACUCCACGUGACCGAAAAAUAAAAAGCGAUAGUAUACAACAAUAUAGAAAAUCACGUGACAUCGAAGAUGAAAUCGAGAAAACGACGCGACGUGUGGUUAGGAUAACAGAUGACGGCAAAGAAGAAGUGAAAGUGAGGGAAAGAAAAUAUCAGAAUGGAGAGAAAGAACAAGUUGUUAAAAGGUUAUCGAGAGAAAACGAAAAUAAAAUGGCAAUUGCUGAAGACAAAGAAGAAAAUGAAGCUGAGGACGUCAACAACAAUGAUCUGUCGUCUCGCGAUUCACGUCAAUCUCAAAACACUCGAAGAAACGAUUCAAAAAAUCAGGACAUAGCCAAUGGUGAUGAACGAUCAGCAAAAAGAGAAAAGCGUUACGAAGAAAAGAAAGAAACUGUUAAUGAUGACUCUUUCGUUCGACGAAUAAGACGCAGAAGACGUGACGUCGUAGAUGAGGAAGACGUCAAAACGAAUGAGAGAAAUAAAACCGACGAUAAAUUAGAAAUAACAUCCCGACGUGUCGAUCGUCUUGAGAAAAAAGUAGAAGACUCUUCUUACAAUGAAGAAACUGUAAUUAAAAAAUCACACGGAAAAGGAAAAGUGGAAGAACACACGAAAACAAAGAAAACUAGGCACUACCAUGACAACGGCGCUGACGUGAAAGAAGUAACUGAAAUAAAAGUCGAAACGUCAGUGACAAAGGAUAGUGAUAAUGAAUCAGAGACAAAAAUCGUUGCUAAAAUUAUAAACGGUGACGUUACCAAGCACUUGGAAAAGAAAUCUUCACGGCAUCACCAUGACGACGAUACCGACGUUGAAACUGUCUCUAUUACUAAUAUCGAUAAAAUAUCACAUGCAGAUAAUUCCGUCACUGAAAGUGAAGUCACGACAUUAAUAGAAACAUGUGUCAAUCCCUCCGAGAUUAAAAAUGGUGGCACAAAAAACACAAGUAAUAACGAAGAAAUAAAAGCACACAGAUUUAACAGAGCAGGCAGGAUGAUUGACGAUUUAGAUAAAGACACUGCUAAUAAACCAGUGCGUGUAAAUAAAAGACCAGAACCAAGAAGUGACAUUAAACCAAAAUCUGAUAAACUUGCAAAAAGAAGUAUAGUCAUCGAGGACGUGAUUGCAAAAGAGAAUGAACAAGGUGUUGAAAGUUGUAGUGCAAUGACUGAACAAGAGGAGGAGGUUAACGAAGUUAAAAAUGUAAAACUGCGUAAUAAAUUUGAGCCUAAAGAUCGACCAGCAUCUGUAGGUAAUUUUAAAUCCCGAUUCGAAAACAAGGACAAUGAUAAAACACAGACUAAGCGCCCCUUGUCUGUUGGCAAUGUUCGAGCUAAGUUUGAUCAAACGAAUAAAGCUGAAAGAAAAAGUAGAAACAUUCUUAGUAAUAAGGGAGUGAAUAAAACAAUUGAUGAAGACAAGGAAUUAGAAGUAAAAUUGAAAGAAACUGUCCCUAAGGAAGAAGAACAAGCUAUUGAAUUGAAGGACACAAAGAACAAUAAUUUAAGAAAUAAGUACGAAAAAAACGCAAGACCAACUUCUGUUGUGGAUUUUAAAUCAAAAUUUGAACCAAAAACCCAACAAAAAAGACCACUCUCCACAGGAACGUUUCCCUCCAAAUUCGGUUCAACCUCUUCCAAGAGUGGCGCAAAUGAACUGCAAGAUAAGUUGGGGAGACUGAAUGGCAAUAAAAACGUUAAUUUUAAAAAUAAAUUUGAAGGUAAUCAAAACAAACGGCCCGUGUCUGUUGGCAACUUUCGUUCGAAAUUCGAACCUAAAAGCAGUGAUAAUACAGAAAGUGAGAGGCCGCUUUCAGUUGGAAACUUUCAUUCAAAAACAGAGACAAAAGACAACAAACCUGAAGAUAAAGAAAAUAAAAUAACUGAAAAUAGAACAUAUGAAAAACCUUCAAGAGAAGACAAGAAAAUAAUUGCAAAGAACACAACCGUGAAGGAUGAUGAAAAUGGAAGGACUUUGGAAAGUGUGACCAAGUUAACUAAAGGGCAUGGUCAGUCUGCCCAGGAAAUAAGUCAAAUUAAGAAAGUUGAAACAAGUGACAAAGGUGGCAUGCAUAUAGAAAAAGUUACUACGGUAUCAGAAACGAAAACAGCAACUGGGAAGUACACAAGACGAACUAUCGAGACAAAAAUAGAAGCGAACCCAGAAAAGAAGGCUAAUGCGCCAUCCAAAAGUAUGGAAGCAAUUAUGAAAGAGCGAAAACAAAAACAAGAGGCUGCAAAGAAAUCUCAAGCAAAUCGAAUGGCAAAAGGAAAGAACAUGUUCAAGCAAAUGGACGCCAACGCCCAAGUUGGUCAGAAAGUCACAGUGAACUCAGGAGGUGGUGCAGCAAACAGUAACAUUGAAAAAUUGCUGAAAUGGAUUGCUAAGAGAAUUAACCAAUAUCCGGCUGUUCAUGUCAGCAACUUUACAUCAAGCUGGGAAGAUGGGAUUGCAAUGUGCGCUUUAAUGAACUACCUGUUAGGCGACAAGGCUAUUAAUCCACUUGCUGUUAGUACAACAGAUAAAAGAAAGAAUUUCCACAUGGCCAUUAAAGCAGCUACCGACGCAGGUGUACCAGCUUUGUUAGAUGCAGAUGAACUGGCAGAUCAUGAACUUGAUCGACGAUCCAUGAUCACCUACCUGCAUUUAGUAUACAAGAUAUUGUUUGCAGAUAAGCAAGAAAUAAAGUAAAAGCCAGAAGCUCGUCUGUUUAAUAUAAAAGACCUACGAUUUAUGUAUGUGGUUAGUCAAUAGCACAACACUUAACACUGUCAACUUUUGCACCCGUAGUCAGUUUGGAAAAAAAGAUUUUUAAAAGUUUAACAUGGAUAAUUGUUAUUGUUAUUACCAUCAUAAUGGAAUAUAACUGAGGAUAUUAUGAAAAUCAUGUUUUGCAUUAAUGAAUGCUUAUUUUAUAGUACUUUGCGUGUCAAUUAUUUAUUUAUUCGCUUUUCUUUGUUUGUUUGUUUAUUUGUUUGUUUGUUUCUUCGUUUUUUGUUAGUUUGUUAUUUUUUUGUUUUUUUGUUUUAUUCACUUUUUUUUUCUUUUUGGUCUUGGUCUCCCCUUAAAAAUCCCCUUAUAAAAGGAGGGUGGUAUGCAGUACCAAAUAUUAAAUAUAGAACUUCUAUUUACAUUUCGUAGUGGGUUUAUAUCGUUUUUGAUCUAAUCUCAAUAUGAUUUUGGACCAGUGUUACAUACUUACAACGACAGAUAUAAUCUGUACAAAUGUAAUUUUUGCGAUGUUGUCAGGUUUAAUAAAUAUAAUCUUUUUAAUGUAAUCAUUUGUUGUAUAUAUAUUGCGUUUUGUUAAGUAAAGUUAGAAGUUCAACAUACAUUGUCUUCUCUUUCUGCCAGUUUACAAUUUUGUUCUCCAAUUAAAGCAUUACAUUUUCAAUCCAAGAAGAAGAUUUCUUGGAUAUGUUUACUACCUCCUCCUCCUCUUCCUCCGCUUUUUUACUAUUUUCUACUAUGGUGCAUGACUAUGAUACUUACUGAAUUAUUAUACUUGUACUUAGACACCUGCCUACUGAAUAUUUAGGUCCUAACUCUCAGAAACUUCAAAUUUCAUCAUUAGUCAAAACUACCCUUUAAAUUU